ACACGGCACUCAGUUAAGUUGUUUUGUUUUUGCUGUGGAUGCAGCGUAAAAAGAGCAGCAGUUUGUGAUUAACGAUUUUCAUAGCUCGCGAUGAAUGUUGUGCAGUCAAACAUCUCAACGACGAUCCGCAGUUUCAACAUAUCGGACGACAUACGAAUUGAGGUGAAAAAGUUUCGCACCGAUGCCGGAAUUGACGAGAUUGACAUCGAGGAGGACGAGGACGAUAUCUCUGUUAUGCAGAAAAUAGCGAAGACCUUUUCAGAUCCUAACGAAACCGAAUUCGACCCGGAAACGCUAAAAUUGAUCAUAACUAGACUCGACGGCAUCGAAAGGAACCUGGAAAACAUCAUCUAUAUGAAUGCGCAAUCGGACAGUAUAAGCGCAGUUCAAAUGAAUGGUCUGAUGAACAGACAAUUUAUUGCAGCUGCCCCGGUGGAUGCGCUGACGACAAUGGCAAGACAACCGUCACCGGUGGAACCGAUGCAGGUGCAGGAUGAAAUCGUCGAGUUUGAGCCGAACCGUAUUGAAAUUGAUUCCGACGAUAACGAUCUGAUCGGUGAAUUCAUCGAGCAAGAUGAGCUUAAAUUGGUAGAAUUUCCAAUCAACCGGGUUGAUGAUCUUCGCGAGCUAGAAGAAUCGAUUACGACAGAUCAAGAAUCAUUCGUGUCCUUUGUUAACUUCUUGGGAGCCACUAUUCAGAAGCACAGCCGUAAUUUGGAGCCAAUCUUGAGAGAUUUUGUUACGGAAAGUCUAAUUAACGAACUAGGAUUUAACGAGGCUGAAAUCAACAUGAUGUCGUUUUACAUAUUUAAUCAACUACUUUAUGAUGUGUGGAAAACUGAAUACUCCACCGUAAAUGACUACCGAAAUCAACUGAGGAAAAUUGCAUGUAAAAUACAGAAUCGCAAUCGGGCUACCAGAGGAAGACAGAGAUAAGGUUCCAGCGGUAAAACGAUAUAUAAAUAAAAUUAUUUUUGUGUAUAAUAUACAA